GUGGUUCCAGGGAGAAACUUUGCCAGGACCCACGUAUGGGCACAGCUGUUUUCCCUGAUCAGGAUCUUUGCAGCACCCAACAGGGAAAGGACAUUCCUAAGCAAGAAACACUGCUCAGGAAGUACUGCACCAUGUCUCCAGGUCCCUGAGAAUCAAGUCAGAAAACUGGAAGCAACGGAAAGCACUAUAAGCGCAAUGGCGGCGGCCGCGGCGGAGCAGCAACAGUUCUACCUGCUCCUGGGAAACCUGCUCAGCCCCGACAAUGUGGUCCGGAAACAGGCAGAGGAAACCUACGAGAAUAUCCCAGGCCAGUCAAAGAUCACAUUCCUCUUACAAGCCAUCAGAAAUACAACAGCUGCUGAGGAGGCUAGACAAAUGGCUGCCGUUCUCCUAAGACGUCUUUUGUCCUCUGCAUUUGAUGAAGUCUAUCCAACUCUUCCUUCUGAUGUUCAGACUGCCAUCAAGAGUGAGCUACUGAUGAUUAUUCAAAUGGAAACCCAGUCUAGCAUGAGGAAAAAAAUCUGUGAUAUUGCUGCAGAACUGGCCAGGAAUUUAAUAGAUGAGGACGGCAACAACCAGUGGCCCGAAGGUUUGAAGUUCCUUUUUGAUUCAGUCAGCUCUCAAAAUAUGGGACUGCGGGAAGCUGCCCUUCACAUUUUCUGGAACUUUCCUGGAAUUUUUGGGAACCAACAGCAGCACUAUUUAGACGUUAUCAAACGGAUGUUAGUUCAGUGUAUGCAAGAUCAGGAACAUCCAUCGAUCAGGACAUUAUCUGCUAGAGCUACAGCUGCAUUUAUACUUGCAAAUGAGCAUAAUGUUGCUCUAUUCAAACAUUUUGCAGACUUGUUACCCGGAUUCUUACAGGCUGUGAAUGACUCAUGCUACCAGAAUGACGAUUCUGUCUUAAAGUCCCUUGUUGAGAUUGCAGAUACCGUUCCAAAGUAUUUGCGUCCUCAUUUAGAAGCUACUUUACAGCUAAGUCUAAAGUUGUGUGGAGACACCAGCCUCAAUAAUAUGCAACGCCAGCUCGCCCUUGAAGUAAUCGUGACCCUCUCUGAGACUGCAGCUGCUAUGUUAAGAAAACAUACCAAUAUUGUUGCACAGACUAUUCCUCAGAUGUUAGCAAUGAUGGUUGAUCUUGAAGAGGACGAGGACUGGGCGAAUGCAGAUGAGCUAGAAGAUGAUGACUUUGACAGCAAUGCGGUUGCUGGUGAGAGUGCUCUGGACCGAAUGGCCUGUGGACUUGGUGGGAAGCUGGUGCUGCCGAUGAUCAAGGAACACAUUAUGCAGAUGCUCCAAAAUCCUGACUGGAAAUACCGGCAUGCAGGAUUAAUGGCCUUAUCUGCCAUUGGUGAAGGAUGCCACCAGCAAAUGGAAGGAAUUUUAAAUGAGAUAGUAAAUUUUGUUUUGCUUUUUCUUCAGGAUCCUCAUCCAAGAGUAAGGUACGCAGCCUGUAAUGCCGUGGGACAGAUGGCUACAGAUUUUGCACCUGGCUUCCAAAAGAAAUUUCAUGAGAAGGUGAUCGCGGCCCUGCUGCAGACCAUGGAGGACCAGGGCAAUCAGCGAGUGCAGGCCCAUGCUGCUGCCGCUCUGAUCAACUUCACUGAGGACUGUCCCAAGUCACUGCUUAUUCCAUAUUUAGACAAUUUGGUGAAACAUCUACAUUCCAUCAUGGUACUUAAACUUCAAGAGUUGAUUCAGAAAGGCACCAAGUUAGUUCUGGAACAAGUUGUGACAUCUAUCGCAUCAGUUGCAGAUACCGCAGAGGAAAAAUUUGUCCCCUACUAUGACUUAUUUAUGCCAUCACUAAAGCACAUCGUCGAGAACGCAGUUCAGAAGGAACUCCGACUUCUCAGAGGAAAAACUAUUGAGUGCAUCAGCCUCAUUGGUCUAGCCGUUGGGAAGGAAAAAUUCAUGCAAGAUGCAUCAGAUGUGAUGCAGCUCUUGUUGAAGACCCAGACGGACUUUAGCGAUAUGGAAGAUGAUGAUCCCCAGAUCUCUUACAUGAUCUCAGCAUGGGCCAGAAUGUGCAAAAUUCUUGGAAAAGAAUUUCAGCAGUACCUUCCAGUGGUUAUGGGGCCUUUAAUGAAGACCGCUUCAAUUAAGCCUGAAGUAGCCCUUUUAGAUACCCAAGACAUGGAAAACAUGAGUGAUGAUGACGGUUGGGAGUUUGUGAACCUUGGAGAUCAGCAAAGUUUUGGUAUUAAAACUGCAGGACUGGAAGAAAAGUCCACUGCUUGUCAGAUGCUGGUUUGCUAUGCUAAAGAGUUAAAGGAAGGCUUUGUGGAAUACACUGAACAAGUUGUCAAACUGAUGGUCCCUCUACUGAAAUUUUAUUUCCAUGAUGGUGUUCGAGUGGCGGCAGCAGAAUCCAUGCCUCUUCUCCUGGAAUGUGCAAGAGUUCGUGGUCCUGAGUAUCUCACACAGAUGUGGCAUUUUAUGUGUGAUGCUCUAAUCAAGGCCAUUGGCACAGAACCAGACUCAGAUGUCCUCUCAGAAAUAAUGCAUUCUUUUGCAAAGUGCAUUGAAGUAAUGGGAGAUGGAUGCCUUAAUAAUGAACAUUUUGAAGAAUUGGGAGGCAUAUUGAAAGCUAAACUCGAAGAACAUUUUAAAAAUCAAGAAUUGCGGCAAGUUAAAAGACAAGAUGAAGACUAUGAUGAACAGGUGGAAGAGUCACUACAAGAUGAGGAUGAUAACGAUGUUUAUAUUCUGACCAAAGUGUCAGACAUUUUACACUCAAUAUUCAGUAGCUACAAGGAAAAGGUGUUACCAUGGUUUGAACAGCUGCUCCCGUUAAUUGUCAACCUAAUUUGUCCACAUAGACCAUGGCCAGACAGACAAUGGGGAUUGUGCAUCUUUGAUGAUGUCAUAGAACACUGUAGUCCAGCCUCUUUUAAAUACGCAGAAUAUUUUUUAAGGCCGAUGCUCCAAUAUGUGUGCGACAGCAGCCCCGAAGUGAGGCAAGCAGCUGCGUAUGGCCUGGGUGUCAUGGCACAGUACGGUGGAGAGAACUACCGGCCUUUCUGUACAGAAGCACUUCCACUGCUGGUAAGAGUUAUUCAGUCUGCUGAUUCUAAGACCAAAGAAAACGUCAAUGCCACAGAGAACUGCAUCUCAGCAGUGGGGAAGAUUAUGAAGUUCAAGCCUGACUGUGUGAACGUGGAAGAAGUCCUGCCUCACUGGUUGUCUUGGCUUCCACUACAUGAGGAUAAAGAAGAAGCUGUUCAGACUUUCAAUUAUCUGUGUGACUUGAUCGAAAGUAAUCACCCAAUCGUUCUUGGCCCCAACAAUACCAAUCUGCCCAAAAUAUUCAGUAUAAUUGCAGAAGGAGAAAUGCAUGAGGCAAUUAAACAUGAAGAUCCUUGUGCCAAACGUCUGGCUAAUGUAGUCCGCCAAGUACAGACUUCUGGAGGAUUGUGGACUGAGUGCAUAGCACAGCUCAGUCCCGAGCAGCAGGCAGCCAUACAGGAGCUCCUGAACUCUGCUUGAAGGGCCUUAAUAUCACCACCAGAAAACUAACUCCAAAUAAACGUUUACCCUUUUGUUUA